GUGACUGGGCCUAAAGCAAAAAAAAAAGAGAAGAUUAUUCCUCCGAUUUCCGUGGAAAAAAUCCUCGACGAGUCAAGCCACCUCACACCAGGAAUACUGCAGGUCGUGUUUGAACCUUCUGAGACUGGUGACUUGAUUAGUAAGGUACAGAAAGCACUCAUUUCCCUUCAACCGAAAGACACUAAAAGAAAAAGAAGGAUGGCGAACCUGGGUAAUCUAGAGCAGCAGAUCUCGAGCCUGCAGAUCAGCGAUGAGGCGGCCAAGGGUGCUGCUAAGUCUGGCAAGAAGGUCGGACCCGCGGUGCCGCCGAAGCCGAAGAAGUCUCAACCUCAGGUGAAUCUUAAUCUUCCAAACUUAAAAUCAUAUUUGUCUCUAUUUAUCACAUAUAUUAACAAGAGUGCUUCCUUAUUCGCACGCAUCUCUAAACAUGGAUGCAAAACGAUACCACAAAGUUACACCAUAAAGGCCCCGCCUGUGCCGUCGUACAGCACGGUCCUUAAUAAUACGUCCAGCGACAAGACUUCAAACUUGUACAUGAACGCACCCUCGCCGUAUGUCCCGUUGGAUAUAAAAAACGACUUUUCGCAGAAAAUGACACCUGCGAACGGCAAGGAGACAUCGAAGAUUUAUCAGAACAAUGAUAAUUUGUAUGCUCGUCAGCCAGAAGAAAAGUUCGAGCCGAAGUACAGAUAUGACGAGAAGAAUUAUUACUCCAAUAUAGGGAACAUGCCGGCACCUCAGGUACCUGUGGCGGACGAUCGCGUGAAUAGAGCGACCAGAAACGCAGUGUACAGCAAUAUAGAACCACCGGUAGGCUCCGCGUAUGAGUAUGUCCCAUACGAAAUGAAUAAGGAAAUUAUAUACAGCAACAUUCAGUGGAAUCCUAAAACAGAGAAUACAUAUUGUAACGUUCCUGCACAUGGGGCUGACGAUUUACCACCACCGCCGGAGCCGUCAGAAUACGUUUCCUGCGUACCCGGGAAUUCGUUUCCACCGCCGCCUGACGAGCUGCCUCCGCCACCGAGUCCUGUUUCGUCGAGUUACAGCGAGUUGAGACGUGCUACUUACCAGACCGAUUUUCCAUCAGGCAACUAUCCCGCUGAUAUUUACGGUCCGAGUUCUCAGUCCAGCUCAACGUACGAAUCCAUAUAUGAGCCGAUUAAUCCUAGACCACCAUCGCAAUUGUCAUGUAACUAUUCCAUGUAUUCCGGCUACGGAUCGGCUACGUCUACUCAGCCGCAGGGCAAAGUGUCUCCCGUUAAAGAAGUCGACGUUCUUACGGAUCUGUUAGUUCAAGGAAUGGAGGAUAAUAAUGAAGACAGUGAUAUAUAUGGCAUCUGUGCGCAAUGCGGACGCAAAGUAGAGGGAGAAGGAACUGGAUGCUCGGCGAUGGAUAAAGUCUUUCACAUAAGUUGUUUCUGCUGCUUCGUAUGCAAGGUCAAUUUACAAGGGAAACCUUUCUACUCGUUGGAAGGUAAACCUUAUUGCGAGGAGGAUUAUCUCAAUACUCUGGAAAAGUGUUGCGUUUGCACCAGACCGAUACUGGACCGAAUAUUGAGAGCUACUGGCAAACCAUAUCAUCCCUCGUGCUUCACCUGCGUUGUCUGUGGACAAAGUCUCGAUGGUAUACCGUUCACUGUGGAUGCUACGAAUCAAAUACAUUGUAUUCAGUGUUUCCACAAGAAAUUCGCUCCGCGUUGCUGCGUCUGUAAGCUGCCUAUAAUGCCCGAGCCUGGUCAGGAUGAAACCAUACGAGUGGUAGCACUAGAUCGUAGUUUCCACAUUCAAUGCUAUAAGUGCGAAGAUUGUGGAUUAGUAUUGUCAUCCGAUUCGGAGGGACAUGGCUGCUAUCCCCUGGACGAUCACAUCUUGUGUAAAAGUUGCAAUGCUACCCGUGUCCAAGCCUUAACGUCUCAUAUGACGACCGAAUUAUAAAUAUAUAGACGCGACAAGCUUAUAUAAGCAAUAUAAUUUGUUGAAACUUCGGAAAUACGAAUGAAAUGUUAAAUCAAGUAUCGUUGUGAUUAACUGUAGUGAAAUAAGUACCGCUAUAUACACGGUAUUAUAGGUCUUUUUUAUGCGUACACAAUUUUUCUAUUCCGCUUCUAUUCACACCUCAUAUAUUCAAAACCGAUAUUUACUAUCCCAUUAUAUUAACGAAGAAUCGUUUUUUAAUACUUUACCUGUUAGCAGAUUAAGGAAAUUAUACUGUCCAUAUUUGGAUCUUUUUUUAUAAUCUGGCACGAAAAAGAAAACAAUUGUCAACGAUUAUUUAUAUUCUAAUAAUCUUUAACGGUUAUAAGAUCACUGCAUUAGAAUUCCGUCACUGCCAUGACCGAAGCAUUUUCUCCGUACGUUACGAAACAAUGUUGGCAAAUUAAUAGUAGAUAUAAGUUUGACGUCCGAGAUAAUUUUCCUGCAGAUGUGAUUAUCAUUGUGAUUCUAGUAAAGUAUUCAAUGUAUCGUAAAGAGUAUUUAACGUGUAGUUUAUCGUCGACAGGAAUACUGCUUCGAUCCAUUUAUUUAGAGAUUAGAUAUUAGAUUCGGGAAGUAGGAUUAUUAUUGACAAUAUUGAUAUACCGGCGAGAAAGUGUGCCAUUUCUUCUUGUGAAGGUAUUUUAAAUGGAUCUUUGUAAGACUAUCGAGAAAGGAAAGAUAAACACUCAAUCUCAAACUUACGAUGCGAUUAGUUCCCGAACUUUUUCGCAUGGGUAAGACAUUAUUACAUCGAGGAGAGACUUGUAUGAUCUCUGUAUUAUAGUAUCAAUAAAAAUACAGUUUGUUAUUUAUGGCCAAA